UGCCCCAUCGUUGGUGUCAGUGGGGAGGAGGAACAGUGCCCCAUCGUUAGUGUCAGUGGGGGAGGAACAGUGCCUCAUCGUUGGUGUCAGUGGGGGAGGAACAGUGCCUCAUCGUUGGUGUCAGUUGGGGGGUGGAAUAGUGCCCAAUCGUUGGUGUCAGUGGAGGGUGGAAUAGUGCCCCAUCAUUGGUGUCAGUGGAGGGUGGAAUAGUUCCCCAU